AUGCCCACCGCGACGCCUCGGUCUGCCGCGCUCUACAACGCCCACCGCGACGCCUCGGUCUGCCGCGCUCUACAACGCCUUGCCCCAUUCCCGGGCUCGAGCGGCGCGGACACCCGCUGCGACGCAUCCCCUGCCUUGGCUCCUGCAGCGUUGACGCCAGUGGUCCGCGCCUCCACCUCCCACCUCCCGUCGAGGUUGCCGCCUUUACCUCCCGCCACGUCGCCACCUCUCGUCGAGGCCGCCGUGCCCACCUCCUGCCGAAGUCGCCGCCUCCACCUCCCGCCACGGCAGCCGCGCCUCCACCUCCCGCCGAGGUCGCCGCCUCCACCUCCCGUCGCGGCCACCGUGCCUCCACCUCUCAUCGAGGCCGCCGUGCCCACCUCCCGUCGCGGCCACCACCGGGUCCAGGCGAGGGCGCCCUUUGGACACCCGGCCACCCUUGCACGCCCAGAUCGGGACCCGCUCGCGAUUCGGCCGCCCUCGAUCGAGGCGGUGCCGUUCUCGUCCUAUGGAUCGAGCGCCCUGGUCUCCGCUCCUCCUUUUGGAGUCAGCCCGCUAGCUAUCUGCCUCGCGUACCAGUCCGAUCCGGCGGCUCUCUCGCCGAUCUGCCCUAGGUCCACUCCUCCACCUCCCGUCGACGUUGCCGCCUUUUCACCUCCCGCCACGUCUGCCACGCCACCACCUCUCGCCGAGGCUGCCGUGCCCACCUCCCGCCGAGGACGCCGCCUCCACCUCCCGCCGCAGCCGCCGCACCUCCACCCCCCGCCGAGGUCGCCGCCUCCACCUCCCGCCAUGGUCGUGGCGCCUCCCCCUCUCACUGAGGCCGCCGUGCCCACCUCCCGCCGCGGCCACCUCUGGCUCCAGGCGAGGGCGCCCUCUCCACACCCCGCCGGCAGCUCCAGUCAUGGGCGUCCUCUGGACACCCGGCCGCCCUUGCACGCCCAGAUUGGGACCCGCUCACGAUUCGGCCGCCCUCGAUCGAGGCGGUGCUGUUCUCGUCCUAUGGAUCGAGCGCCCUGGUCAUCGCUCCUGCUUUUGGAGUCAGCCCGCUGGCUAUCUGCCUUGCGCAGAGAUAAAAAUGGAUAUGAGGUUUCCGUCCCUGCAUCUGUGUCGCUGCUCGCUGACUUCUGA